AUGGCCGCGGCACCGAGAGACAUCACCAUCGUGGGCGGCGGCAUCAUAGGAUGCUGCACCGCUUACUACCUGACCCGGCACCCGUCCUAUUCCCCCGACCUGCACCGCAUCACCCUCCUAGAAGCCUCCUCCAGCAGCGCCGGUGGCCGCACCGCCGACAGCAUCCAGGACCCCGCCACCCUAGCCGACCCCGCCACCGCGCCGAAGAGGAAUCCCGCACACGAGGGCAUCGCUGGUGGCGCGAGCGGCAAGGCCGCGGGCCUGCUCGCCCUGUGGGCGUUCCCCAGGAACAUCGUGCCGCUGAGCUUCCACCUCCACGACGAGCUAGCGAGGGAAUACGGCGGAGACAAGAGGUGGGGGUAUAGGCGGUGUUACGCCAGUCAGAUCGAUUGCCGGCCGCGUCUACCCAGCGGCGCAGCAGACGCAGGAGGCCCUACCGACGCGGAGUCCGUCGGUGGCGCCGCGGAGCCGGCGUCCAGAGGGCUUCACAAGGACCACAAGAAAGACCGCAGCGCGCUGCGGAAGCUGGGCGUGCCCGCCGACCUCGACUGGGUGGACAGCGAGGCGCUCGCCGCGUACGAAGGCAUGGGCACCCCGGACAACACAGCGCAGGUGCACCCGGAGCUGUUCACGCGCAGCAUGGCGCAGCUGGCCGAGGAGAAGGGCGUGGCCAUCGUCACGGGCGCCAAGGUCACGGCGAUCAACAAGACCGCCGGCGGCGACGCCGUGAGCAGCGUGACGUACACGAGGGACGGCAAGGAAGAGACGGUCGCCGCGACGGACUGCAUCGUCGCCGCGGGGCCGUGGACCCGGACCCUGCUGCCGGAGAUCCCGGUGACGGCGGCCCGCGUCCACAGUGUCGUCAUCAAGACGCCGAAGCCCUUCUCACCCUACGCGCUCUUCACGUCGAUCCGGCUCCCGCCGGGGUUCCCCGCGCCGACGCCGGCGAACAUCCCGGGGGCUGCGAGGGCCGCGCCGCCGCCGCUGCGCGGAGAACGGAUCGUCGAGCCCGAGAUCUACCCGCGGCCGGACGGGACGGCGUACGCGUGCGGGCCCCCGGACGCCGUGGCCGAGCUGCCGCCGAUGUCGACGGGCGUCGCGGUCGACGUCGCGCGGUGCGACGACAUCCUGCGGCAGGUGCGCGGGAUCAGCGGCGAGCUGGGCCCGGCGGGGGAGGGGGAGGGGGGACGACAGGGGGCGGCGGUGCUCGCGAGGCAGGCCUGCUACCUGCCGCAGGGCGGGCCGUGGAUCGGCAAGGCGGGGCCGACGAGGGGCCUCGUCGUCGCCGCGGGCCACACGUGCUGGGGCAUCCAGAACGCGCCGGCGACGGGUAAGCUUGUUAGUGAGAUCAUAUUCGACGGCGAAACGCGGAGCGCGCGGCUCGGCGGGUGCGAUCCCGCACUUGUCCUGUGA